GCAGUCCUAGCUCCUUCAAGUGUUUGUCAGUAUGAGCUUGUUUUUCAGUUGGGGGGUGGGGUGAUGUGUGUUGAAAAAUAUAAUCAUGCUUGUCCCUGGUUCUGGCCCUUGCUCUUUCUAGCUUUGCAUCACUGAGUGUGGUCUCUGUGGUUAGAAGAUCCCACCUUUGGAGUGGACUUUCUGUUGUGGCCAGAGAAGAGUUGUCUCCACUGUUUGCUCAGCAAGCACCCGAAAAGAGAGCCCGGAAAAAAGGAAGACAGCACCCGAUGCAAUCACGGAUGUGGGUAAGAACUUGCAGCUGCUUCGGGUGCACAGUCCUCGGCAAUGAAUCCCGAGGAACGCAUCGUGACAUGGCUCAUCUCUUUGGGAGUUUUAAAUUCCCCCAAGAAGACCAUCUGUGAUCCGGAGGAAUUCUUAAAGGUGUCUCUGAAAAAUGGGGUAGUGCUAUGCAAACUGCUAAAUCGUCUUCUUCCCGGAGCUGUGCAAAAGUACCAUCAGGAGCCCCAAACGGAAGCUGACUGCAUCAGUAACAUUAAGGACUUCCUCAAAGGAUGUGCAGGCCUUCAGGUGGAGGUCUUUGAUCCUUGUGACCUUUACACAGGCAGCAAUUUCUCCAGAGUGCUGAGUACCCUUUUAGCUGUCAACAAAGCCACCGAGGAUCACCAGGUUACAGAAGGACCAUGCCAACCUUUUUCUUCCAUUAGUGCUGUUUCCAGUUCCCAGAUAAACGCCCCAGGAGCAGUUUCUAACUCAGCACCGGUGCUAAGAAGGCAUUCAAAGGCAGCGGAGAUGACUGAAAAUGGGAACCACCAGUUGGUAGUAAAGGCAAGAUUCAACUUUAAGCAGACCAACGAAGAUGAGCUCUCAGUCUGCAAGGGCGACAUCAUUUACGUCACUCGAGUAGAAGAAGGUGGCUGGUGGGAAGGCACGCUCAAUGGGAAAACCGGCUGGUUUCCUAGUAAUUAUGUCAGAGAAAUUAAGCCUAAUGAGAAACCCGGCUCCCCAAAGACAGUAAAAGGACUUGACACUCUUCAGCUCACCAAGAAUUACUACAGUGUGGUUUUGCAAAACAUCCUGGAAACUGAACAGGACUACGCUAAGGAAUUACAGUCGCUUCUUGGGACUUACUUACGACCACUCCAGGCCAAUGACAAGCUGAGUGCUGUGGAAUUUGCGUCUUUAUUGGGCAACUUUGAGGAAGUGUGCACAUUUCAGCAGACCCUGUGCCAGGCCUUGGAGGAGUGUGCAAAACUUCCAGAGAGUCAGCAGAAAGUCGGAGGCUGCCUGAUGUCCCUAAUGCCUCAGUUUAAAUCUCUGUAUCUCACUUAUUGCGCUAAUCAUCCCUCAGCUGUGAAUGUUAUAACUCAGCACAGUGACAGUCUGGAAAAGUUUAUGGAGAGUCAGGGAGCAGCCAAUCCGGGGAUUCUCCUAUUGACGACAAACCUCAGCAAACCCUUCAUGCGACUGGAAAAGUACGUGUCUCUUCUCCAAGAGCUGGAGCGCCACAUGGAGGAGGCUCAUCUGGACCACCAGGAUGUUCUGAAAGCUGUUGGAUCAUUCAAGGCUCUGGCGGCCCAGUGUCAGGACCUGAGAAAGAAGAAGCAGCUGGAGUUGCAAAUUCUCUCUGAAACCAUUCAGGGCUGGGAAGGAGACGAUAUAAAAACCUUGGGCAAUGUCAUCUUUAUGUCACAAGUAAUGGUGCAGUGUGGUACCAACGAGGAGAAAGAAGAAAGAUAUUUCUUGUUAUUUCCGAGUGUUCUGCUCAUGGUAUCGGCAAGUCCUCGGAUGAGCGGCUUUAUCUAUCAGGGAAAACUCCCAAUCUCGGGAAUGAUGUUAACAAAAUUGGAUGAAAGUGAAGGCAGUGACUGUUCGUUUGAAAUAGCAGGCCCCCUGUUUGAGAGGAUGACAGUGUUCUGUUCCAGCAGCCAGGAUCUCCAGGAGUGGCUGGAUCACCUGCACAGAUUGAUCAGGGGCACUGGUGUGGGCAGCGUGCUCGUGAAAACUCAGUCAUGGAGUGCCCCAUCUGUAAGCACUGGGCUAGGUUCUGCCCCUGGGGAGUCUGAUGAGGUCCAGUCUUCUAGUGCUGCCGGACAACCUCGAGGAGCCCUGGAGCCUCCCCCAAUUCAAAAGCCCUGGAGCUUAAGUUGUCUCAGACCUGCACCUCCUCUUAGACCUUCAGCAGCUCUAGGUUACAAAGAGAGGAUGUCUUAUAUCUUAAAGGAUUCCAGCAAGAGCCCUAAAACAAUGAAGAAAUUUCUCCAUAAAAGAAAAACGGAGAGAAAAGCAUCGGAGGAAGAAUACGUCAUUAGGAAAAGUACAGCAGCCCUGGAAGAAGAUGCCCAGAUCCUGAGAGUGAUUGAGGCCUACUGCACCAGUGCCAGUGCAGGCCUUCAGCAAAGCCAUGCCUCAGGUGCCCGCAAGGACUCCAUCCCACAGGUCUUACUCCCAGAGGAAGAGAAAAUUAUCGUGGAGGAGACCAGAAGCAAUGGGCAGACAGUUAUAGAGGAAAAAAGCCUUGUUGACACUGUUUAUGCACUGAAGGAUGAAGUCAAGGAAUUAAAGCAGGAGAAUAAAAAAAUGAAGCAAUGCCUAGAAGAAGAAUUGAAGUCCAGGAAAGACUUGGAAAAGUUGGUCAGGAGGCUGUUGAAGCAAACGGAUGAGUGCAUGAGGGCAGACCCAGGCGGCAAGGCCUCCCUCCUGGCUUAAGGCUACCCCAUCCAUGCUGCCGGCACUCACUCAGGUGCGACUUGGGAUCUCCAGGAAAGGAAAACCAGACCUUUUGACUUACUCUGCUCCUCGCCUUGUCUGCUUUCUGUGUAUUUGGCUGUUUUCUGUUAUAGGAAAAAAAAAGGAAUUUGUAGUGGAAAUAGCCUUCCAUUCAAUAAGGAAAUGAAACCAAUAGGAAUUAUUGCAGUAAGAGGGGUCAGCAAAUGGCCCUAGGUUCACGGUUCAUCCUAUCUACUCUUCAGCUGGUUGGGUCACUAGUGCUUUGGACAAAGCUACUCUCGGAGAAGCUGCCAAAUGGUGCCCAGUGAGGGAGGCUGGCACACCCACUCCUUCCUCCCAAGAGCUUUCCUUGAUCUUGAAGCCCCUCAGUUAUUCAUUCAAGAAGCAUCGAUGAGCCCCCACUACGCACCAGGCUCCAUGCUCAGUGCCGGAGAUGCAGAGAUAAAAACAAAAUGGCUCCUGCCCUCAACACGCUUAUUCUCUAUUCAGGGAGGAGUCAACGCCAAAUAUAUGUGAAACCAGUAUGGAGUUAUUGGGGAGUUUCUAAUGACUGAGGGGGGUGGAUGAGGAAUCAAGAAAAGCCUCAUGUGGGAAGUGGUACCUAAUUUAUUGAAUGGUAAAGUCCUAUGGCCCAUGCACCCUGUCUAAUCCCCCCCUUCAUGUAUACAUGUUAGUUUUUUUCCUUUAAUUUUAAUUUUCUAACAAGAUAGUGAGGGAGACUCAGUAGUCCUUUUGUUGCUUUUGUGUUGGUCUAAUUGACAUGCUUGAUUUAAGCCAAUGGAGCAGGCGCUUUCAUCAUUGCCACAAACACCAAGCCGUAAUGCCGGCAGGCUAUUUCUAGCGUGUGAUGACGACGUUGUGGCAACUUCUCCGCUAGAGCAUUGUAGAUGUAGACGUUUCGCAUUUCCCCAGUUCUUUGACUUCACAGUACCCAACAGUACGUCAUUCUGGUUGGAACACGCUUUUGCUCACUCCCCUUCCUGUAGUCAGACCAUGAGCUCUUCUGGCAUCCUGGUUCUGGAUUCCAGCCUCCCAUCACUGGGGCGUCUCAAAGUCUCCACCAAGAGAAGAGGUUGGCUUCUAACAGGAGAUGGUCAUUUGGCUGUGGCCCACUUAUAGGCAGUCCCCCCAACCCCCUAAAGAGAAGGCUUUUCAAUGUCAUUGGCAAGAAUCUGUUCUCCCCAGGAAGGUCAAUGUUUGCCCAACCACGAGUGGGGCCUGCUUGGAGCUGGCUGGUCUGCUGAUUGGGCUCCCCUUUUUUCCUCAGUAACUUUGUUGGAAUCCCAGCAGUCCAAACACAGCUGGAGCUCAUGGCCAUAGAAUAGUCAGCAGAUCCCAGGCAUCCUUCAGCACAAUAUAGGAAAGAAUGUGUGGUAGAUAAUUAGGAAGUCCCAAAGGCAGGUGAAGUUUGACCAGCAUGGGACAGAUCCCUUUUGAGGGAUGGAAAAAAAAGGGGCAUUAGAUUGAAAAAAAAAA